UACUCAAAAUCAAAUACAAAGCGAAGCGCUUUAGUUAAAAGGAGACGAAAACUAAUUCAGUGAGUUCAUUGAUUCCUCUAAACUCAGAGAAAAUUCGACAAUGGAGCACGAAACGCAUCGGCAAGGAAACCCUACUGACCCAAACGCCGAUCAAAACGCUGCUUUGAUCAAUUCUUUCAUUGAAAUCACAUCUUCUUCUAAAGAAGAAGCCCUUUUCUUUUUGGAAUCUCAUCAGUGGGACUUAGACGCCGCCGUUUCGACUUUCCUUGACAGCAAUUCUACCGCCGCACUACAACAACCACCGAUCGCACCGCCUGUUUCUGGCGCUGGUGGUGUUAACAACUCUGCUUCUCCUUCACAGUCCGAUUCCCCUGAUUACUCUCCCUCUCAAUCGCCUUCUCGGUCUCGUUCUCCUUCUCCUGCUCGACCGGCUCGUCCUCCUUAUGCGCUUCGGUCGCGCCGUAACGAUAAGAAGCCGUCUGGUAGCGGUGGGAAUAACGCUCGUGGAGUUCGAACCCUAGCUGAUCUGAACCGGACACCUCCUGGCGGGUCCGAUAGUGAUUCUGAUGAAGGACAGGAUUAUUUCACCGGCGGUGAAAAAAGUGGGAUGGUGGUUCGAGAUCCUUCGAAGCAUCGUGAUGUGGAUUCGAUUUUUAAUCAAGCGAGACAAGCUGGAGCGGUUGAAGGAUCUGACGAUUACUUCCGGCCAUCGUCUUCGAACACGAGAAGCUUCAGUGGGACGGCGAGAUUACUCUCCGGAGAAACCGUGGCACCUCCUCCUCCUCCGCCACCUGAAGUUGUCACUCACAAUAUUACUUUUUGGAGGAAUGGUUUUACAGUUGAUGAUGGGCCUUUGCGUCAGCUGGAUGAUCCUGCCAAUGCUACCUUCUUGGAGAGUGUGAUGGGGUCUCAAUGUCCAAAAGAGCUCGAACCAGCUGAUCCAAGAACAAAAGUGGAUCUUCACCUCUUUAGACGGGAUGAAAACUAUUCCGAACCAAAGAGACGCCAAAGCGCGUUUCAAGGUGUUGGAAGAACCCUAGGAAGUAGCAGCCCGAGUCCUACCCCCUCUGAGUCAACUACUGCAGCCGGUAAUAUCACCACUGCACCGGCGCCAUCAAUGGGCCUGGUUGUGGAUACAUCAUUGCCAACAACCUCUAUUCAGCUGAGGUUAUCGGAUGGUACGCGCAUGAUCUCACGAUUCAAUCACCAUCAUACGAUCAGAGACAUCCGUGGCUUCAUCGAUGCAUCACAGCCUGGCGGAGCAACAAACUAUCAGUUACAGACAAUGGGGUUCCCUCCUAAACAGCUCACUGAUUUGGACCAAACAAUAGAGCAAGCCGGCAUUGCUAACUCUGUUGUUAUCCAGAAAUACUAGCCCUAGGUUUUAUUUUUAUUUUUAUUUUUUCCCUUUGUUUCCCAUUUUAUUUCAAUGACUCCAUGCAAAACAUUAUGUGCACAUUGAACAUUAUUCACGAAACUUUGCCCUCUUUUAUGUUAGAAUUGUUUUAGUUGCUAUAAUAGCAACAUUGUCAA